AUGGUGAGCUUGGGGCCUCUCAGGGGCUUCUGGACAGAGGUUCUGCUGGUGACCCUGCUCGUGCUGACAUCUCAGGUGGCUGUGGCUAGACACCCCCCAAAGCACUUCAUAGAGUAUUCCACAACUGAGUGUUACUUCGUGAACGGGACGGAGCACGUGCGGCACGUGGACAGAUACUUCUACAACCGGGAGGAGUACGCGCGCUUCGACAGCAACCUGGGGGUGUUCGAGGCGGUGACGGAGCUGGGCCGGCCCGAUUCUGAGUACUGGAACAGCCAGAAGGAGAUCCUGGAGCAGAUGCGAGCGGAGGUGAACACAGUCUGCAGGCACAACUACAAGAUUCUGGAGCGCUUCUUAGUGCGCAGGCGCGUGGAGCCAGAGGUGACGGUUUAUCCAUCCAAGAUGGCUUCUUUGGGCCACCACAACCUGCUGGUCUGCUCUGUCAGCGGCUUCUACCCCGGGGUCGUGGAGGUCAAGUGGUUGGUGAAUGGGCAGGAGCAGAGGGCUGGGGUCGUGUCCACAGGCCUGAUCCGCAAUGGAGACUGGACCUUCCAGACCCUGGUGAUGCUGGAGAUGACCCCCAAGCGGGGAGACGUCUACACCUGCCGCGUGGAGCACUCCAGCCUGCAGAGACCUGUCCUCGUGGCCUGGAAAGCCCAAUCUGAAUCUGCCCAGAGCAAGAUGCUGAGUGGCGUUGGGGGCUUCAUGCUGGGUCUCAUCUUCUUUGGGGUUGGCCUUGUUGUCCACAUGAGGAGUCAGAAAGUUAAUGUUGGUUCACAGCCUACAGGGCUCCUGAGCUGAUCCUUGAGAUUGUGUUCCCUGGAACUGUUACCUCCCAUCUCAGCCUCCCUCCCUCAUUUGGAGGCCCCCUGCUUGUGCCCAGAUGUCCAGAAAUUCAACCCUCCUGACCCCUUCCCUGGAACAACUCCUUCCCUGCACCUUCGCCUCUGUCCUGAAUCCUUCAUUUCAAAGACCCCCUCCAGUCUCCCUCAUUCCCACACCAGGGUUUUAUCCAUUUUUGUCCCUUGAGCCUCCACCCCAAUAAAUGAGAAGAAUGAGAUUCAACUGGGACGUGGUGACAUAGAGACAAAGUUGGGGGAACAAAGGGAGAAAACAUCAGCCCUUGGGAUCCUUGGAAUCAGUCAAUGUGUGAAAUGCCUCCAGAGGGGAAGAUUGAAACCCAUCCACACAUUUUUAUCCCAAUUGUCUCCUAUCUGUGUCCUUCCACAAAUCCUGCUGAGGGUGAUGCCCCAGUGUACUGGAGGUCUUCCUCUGCUUUUCUUGCCCUUAUGUGGAUACCAAAUAUGAAUGGUCCUCCGUCUCUCUGAUAUUCCUGCUAUCACUUCUAAUCCUUUCUUUGGCGGUUCAUAUUUUGAUCCUUUAUCAAUGGUCGAUG